UUAUCAUUACAUUACAUCUUAGGAGUCUUUCUUCCUUUGUAAUAGAAAGCACGCGUUUCUCUCUCUCCCUCUCUCAACGAAUAUUUGUGUACUUCCUCUUUUGUGGGUAGAUUCAAUUUACCAUGUCGAGUUCAUCGGAAUACUCUCAAUUUUCCGGCCAGAAACCGGCGAGGUCGCCGGAGAAAUCGAGCUUCUCUCAGACUUGUAGCCUGUUGAGUCAAUACAUCAAGGAGAAGGGUAGCUUCGGAGAUCUUACCCUCGGAAUGACAUCAUGUGGGUCACCUGAGACAUCUUGUCAAUCUGCUACAACCAUGAACUUGUUUCCUACCAAGGAAAACAACGUGACACCAAAGGACCUGACAGCUAUGGAUUUGUUCUCUCCACAAGCUUCCUCCUAUCGUCCUUCAGAGGAGAUUCCAACCUUGAUUAAUUCCAGUGCAAUUAAAUCUGUGAGCAAGAGUGCUAAAACUGCACAGAUGACAAUCUUUUAUGGUGGACAAGUUGUUGUCUUUGAUGAUUUUCCUGCUGACAAAGCAAGUGAGAUCAUGUCCUAUGCCACCAAAGGGAUCCCCCAAAGCCAGAACAAUUCUGUUUUCACCUACACACCGAGCCAGCCUUCAUUUCCUGCUAAUUUGGUCAGAACUUCAGCUGAUUCAAGUGCUCCAAUUAUUCCUAGUGUGAACAUUACCAACUCCAUUCAUGAACACCCUCAAGCAUCAUCCAGACCUGUUGUUUGUGAUCUGCCAAUUGCUAGAAAAGCUUCACUCCACCGGUUUCUGGAGAAGAGAAAGGAUAGAAUUGCUUCCAAAGCACCAUAUCAACUAGCAAAUGGGUCUUCUAACCAGCCAGCUGAGUCCAUGCCAUGGCUUGGGCUGAGUGCUUCUUCACCUCGAAUCUGAGAGCAGCUAUAGUUUAUAUGUAAUUUUUAAGCAUUAUUUUUGUUGUGGAAAUGCUAACUAGUCAGAAGCUUUUUUGCCAGAAUUCUUGACUAAGUUUCUGGUUAUAUUUUUUUUCCUGACUAAAUAGCAUUAUUACUUAUUUUUUCUCUUUUUUUUCGCCGAUAAAAAAACCUCUUUUUUUUUUUUUUUCUUUAAAUGUUUUUCAGAUGAUUUAUGGGCUUCUUGCUAGGCCUGUAUUUGUCAUAGUAAUGUUGGCUCUGCUGGGCCGUAUCAUAGAUCUAACUAUUGGUUAGUUGAUGCUGCUCUAAUUAUAGUGAUUCAAUAUAUUCAUUGUUAAGAUUAAAGAUUAAUAUUUUUUCCCCACUUUA